AAUCGCUUGUAGCAUUCUACAAGUAUAAGACGGUAAGACACAAAAUUGAGGCGAAAAAAAAAGUUUAAUUAAUUAAAAAUAUGUCAAAAACUGUUCCCGACUGGCUUGAUAAAGAUUUCUUCACGAAAGUCAUAAGAAGUUAUACGAACGAUGAGGCGGCAAUUCUUGUAAGUUUUUCAAUUCGUUCUGGAUCAAAUGCGGGUGAAAAUUUUGCAAGUGAUUUGUUUCGUGUCACCCUAAAUUAUUCUAAAACGCCACGGACGUCAACAGCAGGUGGAAAAAAUUUAUUUUCGAGAAAUAUCGAAACAAUUUCAGUAAUUGUGAAAUCAUUGCCGGUAAAUGAAGAUGUUGAUAUUGACAAUCAUCGUAUGUUUCAAAAUGAGAUGAGAAUGUAUGGUGAGAGCUUAGUUGACAUUGAUAGAAUUGUUCGGAUGGCUUAUGGAGAGCUUAAAUUAUUUCCCAGUUUAAUUUAUCAAACAACAGAACCAACCGCUGUUAUUGUUCUCGAGGACUUGAGCUCAUACGGCUUUGCAACAGUUUGUGCACCAGAUGAAAAUUUGGAAACGACAAAAAUGAUAUUUUAUCGACUUGCCAUAUUUCAUGCUGCGAGCUUUUACUUGGCGGAUAAUGGUGCCGACUACACAUCAUUCAAUUAUUCUGUGUAUCACAUGCCAGAGUCAAUUCAGGAGUCAUUUUUUAAACACAAUCUUCGAAUAUUCAAGAGUCUUAUGUUAAAUAAUGCUUGGCCGGAGAUGAAUGAGUCAAAGUAUGUGAAACGUGUAGAUGAAAUGAUCGAGAAAUGUACGGAAAGAGGUAAACGAGUUUUCAGCAAUUCAACAUCUGGCUUUAACUGUCUAAAUCAUGGUGAUUUUUUCAUGAGAAAUAUGCUUUUUCGGAGGGCUGCUGUCGAUGGAAGAAUUUGCGAUGUGCAAUUUUUGGACUUUCAACUGAGCGUCUAUGCUUCACCAGCUGUUGAUAUUUUUAUGGCAUUGUACGGUUCAAUGACUUUAGAAAAUCGUUUACGGUAUCGAAACGAGAUGAUUUUAUUCUACUACGAGACAUUUGUCGAUAGCUUAAGAAGAUUUGGAUACGUAAAGGAGCCACCGACAUUGCUCGAUUUGCAUGUUGAAUUAACACGAUGUGGUGCUCUUGGUGCUCAAUUAUGCUUAUGCUAUUUACCGUAUCUUCUCAGUGAAUUCGAUAAAGUUAAUUCAGAUGUUAUGUUUGUAGUAAAUGGGGACACGGAGAGCUCAAAAAAGAAUCUAUAUUUAAAUGAAAAUUAUGUUAAAGUCAUAAAAGAAGAGUUUAAAGAGUUUUUCUACAAUGGAUUCAUAUAGUCGGUCAUCUACAUUUGUAUGGUAGCUAUAGAUAGUAAAAUUAUUAAUGCAUUUAUCGAUAAUAAUGAAAAUUAGUUCAAAUAUUUACCACAGAAAUUAAACAACA